GAGCAAGGAGGGACGCCAUUGCCAUGCCGCGUCGCGUCAUUAGCCGUACUGGUGGCUUCUUUUUCUUCGGCUCGUUUGUUACCUUUUCCUGUGUCGCUUUGAACCGUCGCCCACCUGUCUCAUCAUCCCUCUCGCUGUCCUCUCUGAAGCAUAGCCCUCUUCGUCCGCCCCAGGCCCAGCAGGCGAUGGGGCGCCGCCCUGGUUGCGAGGAAGCCGCUGGAGGAAGAUCUCAACUGGACAUUGUCGACCGGAGGAGGGGAUCGAUUCGAUCUGCAGAAAAGAGAUAGAAGAUGAGAGGAGGAGAAGGAUUAUAUCUGCAAGAGAGCGAGAAGAUGAGAGGGAAAGAGAUAUGGAAGGAGAGGAGGGAGAAAGAGAGAGUAAAGAGGGGAGGGAGGCGCGACAACGGACAUGAGAGGGUCAACGGUCGGCGUUGGCCUGCCCCGGUGAGGUAGGGCGUGACCUGAAGGUUGGUGGUGGCUCGAUCCGCUCCUGGAUCAGGACCUACGAGGAGGGUGGGCCUCGGGCGCGAGGUACGGCAGGCUGCGCUCCACCUCUUCCUCGAGGAGCAUGUGCAGUGGGCGGACAGCAGCUCACGUGGUGGUGCCGGGGCCUCAACAGGUGCACAAUGGGGACUCCAUGCAUCUCCUGCGCACCGCAACCCUCCCCUUCCGGACACAGCAGAAACAAGGAUGUCGAGGCGGUUCAGUUGCGAGGAAGAGUAGGAAGAUCGGGCGGAGAGGGUUUCACAUACCUCUUCUACACUUACAAGUCUUCCUUUCCAGGAUUGCCAUGUCUGUGUGCUGCUGCAGGGGCUUUGGAUGGUGGCCUUGAUAUUCCGCACAGUGACAAGAGAUUUGUUGGCUUCAAGAAGGAUGAGAAGCAGCUGGACACUGGGAUUCACUGCAACUACAUUUAUGAAGAUCAUGUUGCGGACUACAUGAAGUCAAUAGCUGAUGCGGAACCUGAGAAGUACCAAUUUCACUUUGGUGAGUACAUCAAGAAGGGGAUUGCGGCUGAUGACAUGGAAGCACUGCACAAGAAGGUUCAUGCUACCAUCCCUGCUGAUCCUACCAUGGCAAAAUCAACCAAGGAACCUCCGAAGAGGCACAAGAGGUAUAAUCUCAAGAAACGUUGAGCUAGGUGACACAGCUUACCAUGUAUGUGAUGUUGCAGCUCAAAAUUAAGAUGUCGUCAAUCCAAUAAGAGAAGCCAAGGAGCUAUUGGUGAUCGUGUGGUGCGUACUGGAUCAUGAAGUUUAUCAGUAUGUGGUAAUGGGUAUCAAUGUUUUCUCAUACUCAUGUAGUCCAUUCACUCCUAAACUAUAUGUUCUUCUUUUGUUAAAACCUUGGAAGUAUUAAGAUGUUAGGCUAAAUAAAUUCCUUCAUAAUCAAUAAUAGAAAAGUUUUGCUAUGCAAUAAGAUACAGUUGCAUGCAAAAAAUAAUCUUGUCUUAUACAGUUAUAUAUCAAAACCAUGGAUUUGUUAUGCACUUCUUGUGAUCAUUAGUGUUCACUGAUUUCCUUCAGAUUUUGUUGGAUACCUGCGGCAUCGUGGUGUCGGACGCGACGGACGCUGCCAGGUCCACGCUCACAUCGUGCUCAGGGAGCCUGGCCUCUUUAGUCGUGUUCUCCAUCUUGCAGCACAUGAUGAACUACACUGUAGAGUUCAGCUGUGUUUCCCCUGUUUUCUUCUACUACAAGAGUUCUAAUGAUUUGUACUGUUUGUCUGCAAAUUUAUGUUGUUUGCAUCACCAUAUGGAUAGUCGUAACAAAUGAAGAGAUUUCAGAGAGUUUCACAAUCUGACUCGAGUCACAGGCUAUAGGUUAACUUUAAUUGAAUGGUAGUAUGGGAGUAAUAAUUUCUAAAAUCUAGAAAUGAUCUUGUUGCUCAUAUAGAUCUUUCUGGUAAUCUGAUCUACCUUUGUUGUAUUAGUGGUGUUGGGUUAAAAAAUGAACAGUGAUGUUUAAAAAAGGUAAAGGUGAUUGUUGUAGUUACUGGGAUCCUCCAAGUGGAUCAUAAUAAUGAUGAGAAAACAUACCCAAAAAAAACAUAAAAUGGAUUAAAAGGAAACACACUUUCUAGGAUUGUGGGCUGAAGAGAGAAUGGAUGCAGGCUUUGUCUCGAAGAUAUUAUCUGACAAGAAUGAAUUAGUCAUCAAUAGUUGAGGCGCAGCGAACCUUCUUACUUGCUCCACCUCCGAACUAUGUUAUUCUCUUUUUUUUUCUCCUUCGUUGUUGUGUCGCUUGACUGCAUCUUUAUUAGUUCAAACUCAUGCUUGUUUUAGCUAGGAUGAAUUUAGGAAUGGUUGCCAUUUCAUGGUACAGUUGAGCUGAUGUUGAGUAUCUGUUUAUGUGUAACGGUUCAUUUCCUCCUUUUCUUUCUGCAACAUUUCGUGAACUUGCUUAUAGAAAGAUUCAUCACAUAGGCCUUUAGCUUGAUUGUUCCGCCAUGAGAACCAGCAUGACUUUGGAUAUAUGUUUCUGCAGGUUUCAGAAUGUAUCCAAGAUUGCAGGGAAGUUAAUUACACCAUCUGUGGAAGAUGGGUUGUGGAAGAUGGACAUAGCCCCUCAGGUAAUUUCACUUUGUCCUAGAUUAAUAACAGAUUACUAAUUUAUUUGUUUAAACAGGGCAGGUUAUUUACGGGAGUAUUUUCUAUGCAGAACUGGUUAGCAUUAACUCUAGACCAUUUACUAUUGACUGGCUAAUUUACAUGUUGGCAAGGACUUAUUCCUGCAGCCUAGUCAUAAUUGCUCGGCCAAUUUCCCAACCCAAAUCCAGAACCGCUUCAUCUUUAGAUCUUCACGUGCUUGAUGAAAUGCCUUAGUGAUUAAGCUCCGCGCUUUGUUUUUCUUUGUUAUCCUGCUCACAGAUUAACCGAUGACUGCAAGACCGAGAGAAGCAUUAGGAACUGGUCCGCAAUGUCUUCCAGUGUAUGCGUACACACAAUUCACUACACUAACACUUAUUGAAUUGUUCAUCUUCUUUCUCCUCUGUCACGAAGAUUCUUCUAUGACCACAUCUUUGAGGAGAUCAACUAAUCUUCUUGUCGCAGUUUUUGUUGAAACAUUGAUUAGGUGCUCCAAGAAUGUAUGUGAGCUUGACAUCGUAUUUAACUGCAUCAAGGUACAAUGAUUCUCUUGGUUUGUAUUUUAUUCUGGAUUGUCACUGUCAUAAUAAAUAAAGUCCAGAAUAGCAUUGGUGUUUUUUUUAUCUUAGGAUGUACUCCCUCCGUUCCUAAAUAUAACUCGUUUUAGAGAUUUCAAUAAGGACUACAUACGGAUGUAUAUAGACAAGCAGACGCUUUUUCGUAGAUUAGUUGCUUAGUUUCAUAUGUUGAACUACGUUGUUGAGUGCAGUGUGUAGGCUCUUCAUAAAUUGCUAAGAAGGCGAUCAACUCGACACAUGUGGGGGCUGUGAGAGCUGUUAAUGGCAUCGGUCUUGUCAUACUUAUGAGCAGGAGCACGGGCCACAUUACUCUUCAUGCCCUCAGAGCAGCCAAGAUGUUGACUGCUGCUUGAAUCCUGAGAUUGAUUUCCACGUUGUAAUGGAAGGGAGGCCUGUUUGAGUUCCUGUAUGAAAGGAUAAAGAAGGGGCAUGUUGUCAUGGUAGUUGCUGAAGGCGUUGGUCAGGAGUUGAUUACCCGGACCGAUGACCAGAACCGAGAGCAGGAUGAGUAUGUCAACACGUUGUUCCUUGACGUUGACCUUCUUCUAUAAAGUUUACAUGCAACUCUCCUUCAUGGUUAAAAAAUCAAUUUAAACGUUUUAUUUCUUUGAUGGUUA